UUCCGCAAUUUCCUUGUCUCUUCCCUCCCUUGGAACUUCAGUCGCCCCACCUCCCUCUCCAUCACAGUUCUCUCUCUCUCUCUAAAAUCUCUCUCUCCAGAACUUCUCUCUGUGACACCAUUCCAGAAGAAAACCUUGGAAGAAGAAGAGGUCAUAGUAUGUCUUGCUCCUCUGCUUCUCAUAAGCAAUGGCGUUGUGAUGAUUUUACCAGCAAAUGAUGUUGUAUUUGUAAAUCAGAUUCAGACUAAAGAGUUAUAAAUAUUGUCUGUGAUGGCUCUCUGUUUUGAGGAGUGUACUAUCCAUCUACUCCCUUGGGCAAAACUUAUGCUGAGUUCUUGCAAGGUUUAAUCGUGCACGUGCAGCUCAACUUACUUUGCCCCAUUUUACAUGUCAGACUCCACUAUUCAUGCCUGUUGGGACACAAGGUACGAUAAAGGGUCUCACAAAUAGCCAACUAGAGGAUAUUGGUUGUCAAAUAAUUCUCGGGAAUACAUACCAUCUGGCACUUCGUCCUGGUGCUGAUUUGAUUGAUGAAUUGGGUGGUCUCCACAAAUUUAUGAAUUGGCCGAGGGCCUUGCUUACUGAUUCUGGUGGCUUUCAAAUGGUUUCCUUGUUGCACUUAGCUGAUAUUACUGAAAAGGGUGUAACCUUUCAGUCACCUGUGGAUGGAAGUCCAAUGUUGCUAACCCCUGAAGAAUCGAUCCUGAUUCAAAACAAAAUUGGAGCUGAUAUAAUCAUGGCCCUUGAUGAUGUUGUAAAGACCACCAUUACUGGCCCUCGCAUUGAGGAGGCUAUGUACCGGACUCUGCGUUGGGUAGAUCGAUGUAUAGCUGCUCAUCAAAAGCCUUACGAACAAAAUUUGUUCGGUAUUGUUCAGGGGGGAUUAGAUCCAGUUCUGAGGGAUAUAUGUGUAAAAGGCUUGGUUGACCGCAACUUACCUGGCUAUGCUAUUGGUGGUCUUGCAGGAGGUGAAGAUAAAGAUUCAUUUUGGCGUGUUGUAGCCCAAUGCACAGCUGCAUUGCCUGAGGAUAAACCACGAUAUGUUAUGGGUGUUGGUUAUCCGCUUGAUAUAGUAGUUUGCAGUGCUUUAGGUGCGGAUAUGUAUGAUUGUGUUUAUCCAACACGUACUGCUCGUUUUGGUACAGCUCUUGUACCUGAGGGUCUAUUGAAGCUGAAGCACUCCGUAAUGGCAGAUGACACUCGCCCUAUUGAUCCCACGUGCUAUUGUAUGGUUUGCAAGAACUAUACACGAGCUUACAUACACAGCCUUGUUACAAAAGAUGCUAUGGGUUCUCAACUUUUAUCAUAUCACAAUUUGUCCUAUAUGAUGAGACUUAGUCGUGACUUGCAUACAUCAAUCAUUCAAGAGCAAUUUCCAGAGUUUGUCUGUCGGUUCCUAAGUUCACAGUUCCCCAAGGGUGACGUCCCCGAAUGGGUUUGCAAUGCUAUGGAAGUGGCUGGCAUAGACAUCUCAGCUUGUUGUGCUCCAUUCUCAUCUGGCCAAGAAUAGUGGGAGUUUUUGCUUUCGAAGAAUCCAAUCUAACUGAGCUUCGUGGUGCACGCCCUCCCCACAUAAAAAAGGAUGCAGCAUAUGUUUGCCUUCGAUAUACUGUUACCAAGGAGUAGGAGACCGUUAUACGCACACUCGCAGGAGAUCGUCCAACUUGGAACCAAAACAGUGACUUCCUUUUAUUUUUCAAUUUCUUUGCCCCCUUAAAUUCAUUGUUGCAAUAUAUCCAUUGGUCUAAAAAAAAUCUCAUGAAAAUUGUGAGAUUUUUAAAACAAGCAUAUGUUCUUUGGGGUAAUGAUAAUUUUCUUCUUUUCUGUU